AUGGGCUGCGGCUAUGUUGCGGCCCACAUUUGCAAUGCGGACUGUGGUUGUGCUGAGAGCUAUAGCUGCGACGCAGGCCAUGGCUGCAGUGCUGGCUACGGCUGCGUCGCGGGUUUCGACUGCGUCUCGAACUGCUGCUGCACUGCGGUCCAUGACUGCGCGGUGGACCGUGGCUGCAUCGCUGGCUUCGGCUGUGCCGCUGGCCACAGCUACGCCGCUGGCUGCGGCUGCGCCGCUGGCUGUGGCUGCGCCGCUGGCUGCGGCUGCGCCGCUGGCUGCGGCUGCGCCGCUGGCUGUGGUUGCGCCGCUUGCUGCGGCUGCGCUGCUGGCUGCGGCUACGGCUACGCUGCUGGCUACGUCUACGCUGUUGGCUACGGCUACGCCGCUGGCUACGACUAG